AUGAGGAACCAUGCCACGCCUUACACGGUCAUACUGGCGAUCCUACUGGGCGCCUCGCUCGCGAGCGCGAAGACCCUGCUGCAGCAGCGAGAUGCGCUGACGACCUUCCUGGAGAGCAGGGCCAAGACGGUCGCGACCGGUGCUGUCAACCCGGACACGUGGGCCGACCCUGACAGCAGCUUCAGGCACCUGCCCAUGAGCGGCCCGAGCGCGCCGCCCGGCGCCAGGGAGGCCGACAGGAUCGCGGCGCUGCCCGGCCAGCCGCCGCGCGUCAACUUCGACCAGUACUCCGGUUACGUCACGGUGAGCGAGCAGCACGGCCGCGCGCUCUUCUACUACUUCGUGGAGGCCGCGUACGAGGCCUCCUCCAAGCCGCUCGUCCUCUGGCUCAACGGCGGGCCUGGGUGCUCCUCGCUGGGGGCCGGCGCCAUGCAAGAGCUCGGCCCGUUCCGCGUGAACCCCGACGGCAAGGCCCUGAGCAGAAACAGACACGCCUGGAACAAUGUGGCAAAUGUGAUCUUCCUGGAGUCGCCGGCCGGCGUGGGGUUCUCGUACUCGAACACGUCGCCGGAGAACCACGAGAGCGGGGACACGAGGACCGCCGUGGACGCCUACAUCUUCCUGCUCAACUGGCUGGAGAGGUUCCCGGAGUACAAGGGCCGGGACUUCUACAUCGCUGGCGAGAGCUACGGCGGCCACUACGUCCCCCAGCUCGCCACCGUCAUCGUCGCCCUCCGCAACCUCGGCGCCACAAGCAUGAACCUCAAGGGGAUCUUCGUUGGCAACCCGUACCUUGAUGACUACAAGAACACGAGGGGACGGUACGAGUACUUGUGGAACCACGGCGUGAUGUCGGACGAGGUGUGGGGCAACAUCAGCGCGCACUGCAGCUUCGGGCGGUUGGAGGGCAAAGCGUGCGGCCAAGCCAAGGCGUCCUUCAGAACCGGCGACAUUGAUCGUUACAACAUAUACGCUCCCGUCUGCAUCAGGCAAUGA